GAGAUAUUUCAGUAGCUCUCCAGACGUAUCAGUGAGAGGUUUGUUUUGCAGUCCGUGAAAUUGUGAUAAAAUUUUCCACUGUGAAUUUUGCACAGAAAAUGACUUUUCUUCACAUCUUCACUUUUCUUCUCUGCGUGAUUGCAUACAUUUGGUACCGCGUGAGGAAAAUCUUGAGUUAUUGGAGUGAUAGAAAUGUGCCAGUGAUUAAGCCAUCAUUCCCUCUGGGGAAUCUUGGGGAGGUUGGCAAGAAACACUUGGGCACUGUCAUAAAAGACAUUUAUUUGAAAUUGAAAGACAAAAGCGACUUUGCGGGCUUCUACUACUUAAUGACACCCCAAAUUAUACCAUUGAGCUUGGACCUCAUGAAGAAUAUCCUCAUCAAGGACUUUCAGUACUUUCCAGACCGUAAAAUUUACUACAAUGAAAAGGAUGAUCCGCUUUCUGCCCACUUGUUCGCCAUCCGUGGAGAAAAGUGGCGCGCCUGGAGACAACAAUUGACACCCACAUUUACAUCAGGCAAGAUGAAGAUGAUGUUUCCAAUCGUGAUUUCGCAAGCUAAAAAUCUCCAAAACUACAUUGAGAAGAAUAUGAAUAGAGGUCCAAUGGAGUUCAAGCAUGUCUGCGUUCGCUACACAGCGGACGUUAUUGGCAGUGCUGCAUUUGGUCUGGACUGUCGAGCACUGUUUGAGGAAGAUACCGAAAUAAUCCAUGUCGGAAAGCUUUUUUUCGCUUUCAACACUUUUAUCGAGAGAUUCAAGUUCUUCUUUGGAAUGAUUUGUGAAAAUUUCUCGAGAAAACUCGGCCUCAGGUUUAAUCAUCCCGACUUGGAGGAGUUUUUCAUGAGGAUCAUUAAGGAUACCAUUGACAAACGCGAUGCUGGUCUAAUUGAUAGGAAUGAUUUUAUGAAGCACUUACUAGAAAUAAGGGAUUCUGGAAAAGGCAAUAAUUUAACAUUCAAUGAAUUGGCAGCUCAAGCUUUUGUGAUUUUUUUCGGAGGCUUCGAGACAUCGUCCAAUACAAUGGAGUGGUGCUUAUGCCUCUUGGCUCUUCAUCCUGAAAUUCAAGAUCGCGCACGCGACGAAAUCAGAGAAGUCAUGGAGAAAUGGAAUGGGGAAUUAUCAUAUGAAGCUGUCCAGGAAUUAACAUACCUCAGACAGUGCAUUGAUGAAACUCUGAGACUAUAUCCUCCAGCUACUGUACUAUUCCGUCUUUGUGUGCAAGACUACAAAGUCCCAAAUUCAGAUUUCAUCAUCGAAAAGGGCACUCAAAUUUUCGUACCCUCCAUGGGUAUUCAUAUGGAUCCAGAAAUCUAUCCCGAACCUGAGGUCUUCGAUCCUGAACGCUUCACUCCGGAGAACAUCAAAGAUCGCCACCCAAUGGCGUAUAUUCCCUUCGGUGCUGGACCGAGAAAUUGCAUUGGUUUACGAUUUGCAUAUAUGCAAAUGACCGUUGGACUUGCGUAUAUACUUCACAACUUCCGCUUAACCCUGAAUCCUAAGACCAAAGUACCACUAGAGAUUGAUCCCGAACAUAUUGUCGUCAGUCCUAACGGCAGCAGUUGGUUAGACGUUGAAAAGAUUAUUUCCUAAAUCAUGAGAUCAACAAUAAAUGAAUAUGCUGGAAACUGGUUAUUGCCCUAAUAAAAAAUACUGUGUAUUAGUAGAUAAA